GUUUGUGGCUCUGGGAUGCUGGCUCUGGGGUGCCAUUUAGGUGGGGUGGGGGUGUUAUUUUCCUAGCUUCCAAAUGUUCAAACGUUACCAGUUACAGUACUUCUGUCUUGUUACGGGAGGUUUGUCCUUUGUCUCACACACUUGAGCUUCUUUUUCCAUCCUCCCCAGUCCCAUUAAUUGAGAAGUCUCCUUGUCACUGGAUCAGGCAUCCCCAGACUUCGGCCCUCCAGAUGUUUUGGACUACAGUGCCCACCAUUCCUGACCACUGGUCCUCUUAGCUAAGAAUCAUGGGAGUUGUAGGCCAAAACAUCUGGAGGGCCGAAGUCUGGGGAUGCCUGCACUGGAUCAUAGCUACCUUCAAGCCACCACACAUGUUAGGAAUGUGUUUGUGGAAAUCGGAGAACACUGUUUUAUAGAGUUCAUUUACACAGCUACUGGAAUUGUUCAAUCCUCAGACUUGUUCCUGGCCCCACCUGCCUAGUGUGAAUGUGCCCAUCAGAUUUGAAUUGUUUAUGUGAAUCCUAAGAGUACAAACUAGCUGGUUGGCAUGAGUUCUGUGAUUUUUUUUCAAAACAUAACUCAGUCAUAGAACUCUGUUCCGUUUUGCAUACCAUAACUGAUCUCUAUUUAUUUGUCUAGUCAAAAAGUCUGUGAAGGUGGAAAAACAAGCCCAAGUUGCAGUUAUGUGAACUAACCCAUUUUGAAGACUUCCUCUUUUGUUAGGGCAGUUUAUGUUUCUCCUUUAUAUAAAGGCUUUUCCUGGGGUUGCCUACCAACACUGAAUAGCAUUAGCUUAGGCCUGCUGUAAACAAACUCUAGGUAACUCACAAGAUGCUGUAUGACAAUUCCAUGCUGACAUGGAAUUCUCAUGCAGGAACAAGACAGGUUGACAGAUCUUGUAUUGGUUGCCUUUGUCUGCUUGUACGAACUUGUAUGCACAACUCUACCAGCAGAAUGACAGAUACAGCAAACAGUAAAAUACAUAGAAGAGAGUACAUUGAAUUUUUUUUUCAUUUAUGGAAUGCCUAACAUCAAACAGUUUAUAGUGUCAUGGUGCUAGCCAGCCAUGCGCUCUACCACCUAUUCAAGCUUCUCCCUCUCCCCCCCCCCAUUUUCCAUCUUCUCUCCCCAGCAGACACUCAUCAUGUUGUUGUUUUUAAAUCCUGUUAGGAUUUCCCACCCCCUAAAGAUUUUUCGUAAGUGCAGUUUUUGUCCCGCCAUGCCUGCUGGCACGUCCCUCUUGUGGAUGGUGCCAUUUUUGGCUACAUAAAGAUUACCACUUAGAGAAAGAUGUUGAUAGUAUAGAAUGAAUGCAAAAACUUUUCUGAAUCAAAAAGUAUUAUUGUGUAAGGUUAAAGGCCUCUUCUUGCAGCAGUCUUCUUGAUUUCAGCAUGGCCUUAACUAGCCUGAAGGCAAUCUGAUAUGUUCUAGUACUAUAUGCUGAGUAGCUAUACUAGAAUUAACCUUGCUCAUUAAAAUCCUGCUGCAACUGUGCCCAACUUGGGUCUAAUUUUCUUAAGAGCAACAUUCACUUGAAAAUUUGGUCUGAUGGCCUUGUGUAUAUUUAGUAUGAAAUUGUCCUGUAGUUAGAUUGGUUAUUGAACUGAUGGUUGGAAAUUCCAAAACAGGAAAAUGUUGAAGUAGGCUUAAGUACUGUUUGUUUGUUUGUUUGUUUGUCUGUUUGUCUGUUUGUUGGACACCUACUGAAAUAGUCUCAGGGUGACUUAUAAACAGUAUAACACAUGCCAUAAAACAUACAAAUGAAACAAAAUCAUAGAACACGAUUUAAGAAAACAAUGCUAAAAAAAACCACACCAAAAUAUCUAUAGCAUAACUGGUACAAUAGCCAGUUAUCAGUAGAAAAUUAAUUAUAUAAUCAACUCAUCAAAUGUCUCAGAGGAGAGGAAGGUAUUGCCCUGGUGCCAUAAAUAUAUUAACAUCUGCACCAGGGCACCUCACUGGGAGAGUCCCAUGAAUAGGAGAGGUACAACCUUGUUCCCACUCUCUUCACCUCUCUUUGAUGGGGCACCUGGGCUCAGAUGACGACUGCAGGGUCCAUGUAGGCUGCUGUCUGAGGAGAUUUUCCAUCAGGUGUUGGGGUCCUAUGCCAUGUAAAUCUUUAUAGGUUAAAGCCAAUGCUUUGAACUAAACUCAGAAAUGUAUUGGCUGCCAGUGAAGCUAGCCAGAAUUAAUAUAUGAUUAGACAGUCUACUCUCCACAGCCGUCAGGCCACUGCAUUCUUCAUUACCUGCAGUUUCUGAACUGUAUUCAGAGGCAGUCCCAUGCAUAGCAUAUUGCCUUAUUUUAAUCUGGAGGAUACCAGAACUGGUCAGGUUAUCCUUGUCCAGAUAAGGAUAUAGAUGGGGUACCAGCUGAAGCUGGGAAGCGAAGGACACUUUAUUAAACAGAGAUCACUGAUGCAGCAAGUGGCAGUAAUAGAAUUCCCAAGCUACAAACCUGUUUCUUCAGGAGAAGUGGUACUCUGUUUGGAAUCAGUUGAACACAACUCAUCUGGUCAGAAGAAUUGUCCCUUAACAGCAUCUCUGUCUUGUCUGGGUUAAAACUACCGGUAGUAGUUUUUCAGAAAGAAGCUGAAUCAGUGACUUCCAUCAGUAUUAACCCCCUAAAGUGCAGAUCUUCAGACUGUUGAGUUUUUCUAGAGAAAUUGUUGCAUUUUCGUAGUGUGAUGUUUUCAUAUUGCUCUUGUGCUAAAUGAUUUCCAUAAAACCAGGAACAUUUUGCUUUAUUUUACCUGACUAAUACAACAUAGUGUUUUAUUGCAUAAUUUGAAAGUGACAAAUGCUUGAAAAUUAUAUACUGAAAGUUCUCAUCCCAAGUGACCAUUGUGAUAUAAGAUACUGUACCUGUAGACAACUAACUAAUAUUCUGUUAUAAACAAGACAUGCUGGCAGUGGCCUUUUUAUAGGCCUCUGUACAGUUUCCAUCAGUAGGGCUAUUUCAUGUAACUUAAGAAGGGUCACUUUAAACUCAUGAAAUAUCUUCUUAUUUGGAGUCCUAAGUUACCUCUUCCAAAGAACAGUCUUGGCUAAAUGACAAAUCCUAUCAAAUUUGGGUUCUGUACAAAAUCUUAAAGUAAAUUAUUUCAGGUGUUUUCUUCAGCUUUUGCCUCAGCUGUUAACUUUCUUACGUUAGAAAAAGUUGGGUGAAUGAAACUUGUUUUAAAGCAAGGAUUCUAGGAUAGUGGUUGUCAUCUUGCCAACGGUGGUACAUUGGAUCAAAUUAAAAUAAUGGCAUGUUAGACAGGAGGAGAACAUAGAUGCUGUAGUUGCAUUCUGUUAUAAUAAGUAAAUCCUUAAGAGAAAGCACUAGCUGUAGAGUUUUUAUUUAAACUUGAUGGUUAUGCUGAAGCAAAGCCAAAGCAUUAAAGAGGUCAUCUUUAUUAAUAUUUAACAGAAAUAGCAGACCAAUUGCAGUCGUUAACAGUCGUCAACAGGUUUACCAUUCCUAUCAGCCAAUCACCCAUUCCCACCACCCUUCUGAGUAAUACCCCUCCCCACCCUCUGAGUCUGGUGACUUCUGUUUCAGUGUAUCUGAAGAAGUGUGCAUGCACACGAAAGCUCAUACCUAUGACAAACUUAGUUGGUCUCUAAGAUGCUACUGGAAGGAUUUUUAUUUAUUUUUUGUUUCGACUACGUCAGACCAACACGGCUACCUACCUGUAACUAGAAAUAAACUCAGCAUUGUUUAAUGAAAAAUUGUUGAUAACUUCAUAAACAUUGUCUUCAUAAACAUUGUCCCCUAUUAUACAUAAUAUAAAACUGGUAACAUCUCUCAGAAGUACUCAAUUACGGUAUUUAGAUCAGCGUUUCUCAACCGCUGUUCCGCGGCACACUAGGCGACGAGAAGGGCGAUUUGCAUUGUCACGUGCCUGGUGGCCGCCAAUACACACCACUGACCCGCCGGAAAGGAAGCCGGCCGGGUCACGACGCGGGGCGAGCGCAGCUCUCAACAGCCACCACCACGGGAGGGUGGUUUUAGACAAACUUAAAGAAGCUGGCUGGAUGAGCUCAACCUGAAACUUGCUGAGCAAAGGAUUGUGCUGGCAGAGAAAUCAGCGGCUUGUGAAGCCUUAUUACAGGAGAUUGCAACCAACACAGCAAUUGAUGGAUGGUGAUAAUUCUACAACAGAUGCUUCUCAGUUAGGAAUUGCUGGAGACUAUAUUGGAGGUAGUCACUAUGUGAUACAGCCUCAUGAGGAUACGGAGGAUAGCAUGAAUGAUCAUGAAGACACAAAUGGCUCCAAAGAGAGUUUUAGAGAACAAGAUAUAUAUCUUCCAAUUGCAAAUGUGGCAAGGAUAAUGAAGAAUGCUAUACCUCAGACCGGAAAGAUUGCUAAAGAUGCAAAGGAAUGUGUUCAGGAGUGCGUAAGUGAAUUCAUAAGCUUUAUAACAUCAGAAGCAAGUGAGAGGUGUCAUCAAGAAAAACGGAAGACUAUAAAUGGAGAGGAUAUUCUCUUUGCCAUGUCCACUCUGGGAUUUGACAGCUACGUGGAACCUUUGAAGUUGUACCUUCAGAAGUUCAGAGAGGCCAUGAAAGGAGAAAAGGGUAUUGGAGCAGUUACCACAGCAGAUGGCCUUAGUGAGGAGCUCACAGAGGAAGCAUUUACUAACCAGUUGCCAGCAGGCUUAAUAACUGCAGAUGGCCAACAACAAAAUGUUAUGGUUUAUACAACAUCUUAUCAACAGAUCUCUGGUGUUCAGCAAAUUCAGUUCUCAUGAUUUGAAGAUGGCUUUGGAUAUGGAAACUUGAAAGAGAUGGGCAAGGAAAUGGGAAUGCUGAAAGAGAGGGAAACUUUGGUUUAAAAUGGCUGGUGAAAAGAAAAAUGUCACUUUGUAUAUAUAAUAGCUGUAAUGUAGCUGACUGAGGCUUGACUAAUUGAGGUGUGAACUCUGACUCAAACCUUUUUUCAUAAAUGAUUUUAAAAGAAAUUGGAUUUUAAAGGUAUUAAAGUAUUUUUGUUUUGUACAAGAGUUUGUUGCUCUGUAUAACUCCUGUAUGCAUUGUAUAUUGCAAUUUACUACUGUCAGAGAUUUGUAGACAGUUUCUUAUUUUCAUAUUGAAUCAUGUUACUUUUGUAAUUCAAGUAAACAGCUGGGUUUAAUUCAAGUUUACCCUUUGAAUAAAACAUAAGGGUACAGUUCAUUUUGAAUGCAAGUUGCCUUUAUUAUAAAAAAUAAGAUUUUGUUUUGUAACUGUCUUGCAUGACUAAAGUUGCGUUAACAUAUUUAUUAAUAUUUCGACUUUGAAAGGGAAUUCCUCAAGCGCCAGCAGUUCAAAAGAAGUGCUCCCAGUGUUUUAAUGUAAUGAUUGAAUUAAUGUGAAUCCGCAAGUAUCCAGUCUCUAGAUCUUAGCAUUAGAAGCUUGGGACAUAAUCUACCAAGAACUGCUUUGCACAAGUUUUCAUAAGACAAUAACUGUCUUCUGCAGGGCUAGUUCUGUGGAUUGCCUGGUGCCCCAUAACAGUGUUAACUGUACAUUGUAGUGCAGUCCCUAUUUUGCAACAACUAGAAGUAUGUAGUAGUUUCUUUUGUUGAUUCCAUUGACAGGGGCAUUCGUCUCACUGCUUUUGAAAUAAACCCUUUUUAAGUUAUGAUCUC